GCCGGCGGUGACCGCGACGAUAGCGGUGACCGAGAGAGGAGAAGGCGACCACGGUUUGGCGGUUAGAGGCGAAGCCGGCUCCUCGGAGCGGUUCGGGACAGGAGUCAGGUGCGGAGGAGGAGGCUGGCUGAGGUCGGUGGGUUUCGGGGUCCCGGGACUGGAACAGAAUUAUUUGGAUUCAGCACGUUGGUUCCAGCCAUGGGUUUGUCUGCAUCUACCCCUGCUGUUGCCGUUCAGACCUCAAAUGCUUCAGAUCAUCAGACAGCAUCUCCGCCUUCCGGAUGUCCCAUGCAUGAAGGGAAAAUGAAAGGCUGUCCAGUGAGCGCAGAGCCAUCUAAACCUGCUUGUGAGAACAAAACGAACGCCGUGCCUGCCCACCAGGAUCGUGCGUACGAGUAUGUGGAAUGUCCUGUGACGGGCGCUGUGGCUAAGAAUAAGGAGAACCUAGAUCCUUCUAAUCUGAUGCCACCGCCCAAUCAGAUGCCAGCCCCCGAUCAGCCGUUUGCACUGUCUACUGUGAGAGAGGAGUCGUCCAUUCCGAGAGCAGAUUCGGAGAAAAACUGGGUGUAUCCUUCCGAACAGAUGUUCUGGAAUGCCAUGUUACGGAAAGGGUGGAAGUGGAAGGAUGAUGAUAUUAGUCAGAAAGAUAUGUAUAACAUCAUCAGAAUUCACAAUCAGAAUAACGAGCAAGCUUGGAAGGAGAUUUUGAAGUGGGAAGCCCUUCAUGCUGCGGAGUGUCCUUGUGGUCCAUCAUUGAUCCGGUUCGGAGGUAAAGCGAAAGAGUAUUCACCGAGGGCGAGAAUUCGGUCCUGGAUGGGGUACGAGUUGCCUUUCGACAGGCACGACUGGAUCAUCAACCGCUGCGGGACGGAAGUGCGGUACGUCAUUGACUACUACGACGGCGGGGAGGUCAACCAGGACUACCAGUUCACCGUCCUGGAUGUGCGGCCCGCCUUCGACUCACUGUCGGCCGUGUGGGACAGGAUGAAGGUCGCGUGGUGGCGCUGGACGUCCUAGCCGCUGCUUCUUCAGAGAUGGGGAAAUAGAAACUAUUUUUUUCCGAGCAAUACAUUAAACUAUUUCCCCAAACUGAA